AUUUUUCUUGUGAAUUUUUAGUAUGAAUUUCGCUUUCUGCUGAACAAGUUGUGUUGAAUUGAAUGUGAGAGAGUUCGGAGCGCGCUCGUUAACAAGAACAACAACAACAGGAAAAAGCAAGCGCAGCAAAUGUGAAAACAACAACAGCAAACUUAUUGCAAUAGCAUUUCAUUUGUUUUCUAUUCAAAAAAUCACCACCAAAAAGAAUCCGCAUAUUGUUUUGUAUAGAAACAAGCGAAAACAAAAAACAACGACAACAACAAAAGUUUUGGAAGUGAAAUAACAAAACACAAUUGUCGUGUAAUCAAAAAAAGAAAAAAAAACAAAAAGUAAAAAGAAUUCCUACUAGAACGAAAAGCCAAGAUAAAGCAGAAACAAAUAAAAUCAAAGCAAAAAAAGAAAAAAAAACAAAAUAGCAACAAUCAGAAAAUCAAUUGCAUGCAUGAUUUUUUCGGGUUUAUUAAAACAAUAACACCAACAAUAAUAAAAAACAUUUGUUCGGUUUUUUUCGGGGUACGCCUACAUCCAAAUCAAUUAAUUUGUGGGGAGAAGUGCCCAUACAACAAAACGCUGGAAUAAAGUGCAAAACAAAUUGAGAACAAUCUAAACCACCAGACCAAACAAGAAAUUGCAAAACCAUUUUGUGAAAUCAAAAACAAAUUAUUGCCAAAUUUUCUAUUCAAACACGAAAAGAGCAAAGAAAAACGUGCACAAACCUUAUUUACAAGUGCUGUGAGUGCUUUCGUUUGUUUGUGUGUCGCGUUGUGCUGUGCUGUAAUUUACACCUCAUUCUGUUCCAACGCGGGACGGACAGACCAUCAUUGCUAAUACGGACAAAAUUAACUGUAAAUUUAUGGCAUUUCUAAAGCAGAGGAGGAAUACACAACCGAACUGUAGUGGCAGCGGCACAGGCAGUGGUGGGCAAUCCUUGAAAAUCAGCAGCAAUAAAAAUUACAAUAACAACAAUAAUGCAAAAUCUUUGAAAAUUCAUCAUCGUUGAUUUAUCGAAAAAUAGCCAUAGCCUCUCCGUGGACUUUUUUCACCAACAAUUGAAAGAAAAUAAAAUAAAUUUAUUUUCUUGUUUUUGACAAUACCCUCCAGCUUUGUUGUUGCUCCAGCCAGCCGCUUUUAUUCGAUUGAAUUUUCUGGCCCCGCGACCGCAACAAAUUCGCGUGUGUUUUUUCAACAUUCACGAACUGUGUGAGUAAGUGUGUGUGGGGAGCGCGUCUGCUAACAUCUACAAUGAAGAAAAGUCAUUCAACGUUGAAAAUUUCUAUGGAUUAAAAUUUAUUGAAAAAAAAGAAAAAUAAAAAACAAUAAUAACAAUAACAUUCACCCAAUCAAGAAAAAAGCAAUAGCAACAACAAUCAUAGCAUCAGCAGCAGAUAUUUGUUGAUUGUGUGCUGCGAGAUUUUUUUCUCAUCACAACACAGUGACCGGUGCGUAAAAAGUGACAGUUGUGUGUUUGUUUGUUGUUUUUUUAUAUAAAUCAAUCAAAGAAAAACCAAAACAAACAACAAAAUGUGCCAGACAAUGUGAAUUUGUUGUUAUUAUUAAUCUAAAAAGAAAAAAAAAAAAUCAGUGGAAAAAAGUGAAUGCAAGUGCAGUACAGGCGCGACAAUAGAAAAAUCAAAAUUUAAAGACUUGAACUUUUUCUUAUUCGACAGAAUGGAAUACUUCUAAGAACUUUUCAAUCAAAAACAGAAAAAAACUACUUUUCAUAAUUUUAAACAAUCGACAAAUUAAACAAUCAGUGAAAAUACAAGCAAUACAAUUUUCCUUUUAUAAAAAAAAAAAACAAAAUUCUGAAUUAUUCACAACAAAAUGUAAAAAUAGCAAUAUUAUCGCUAAACCUAAAAAAAGUAUAAUGAAUUAAAACGAGUUUUGAUUUGGUUGUUACGCCCGACAACUUUUAACAAUUCCAUAUUGAUAAACAAAAGUAAAGCUCUCCGGUCGAUUUACAGCGGCAAUCAAUUUCUGCAUUAAAGUCAUCGUCUCAACAACAAUCAUCGUCGAGAAAAGUUUCUUCGUUAUCGGUACUGUAAGCCCCAUUUAAAUGCUACUUAUGGCGCCACGUCGCAAUCACAAUACCAACAGCAUUGUAACGCAGCAAACACCGCAACAGUCAACCGCAAAUCAAACGUUGUCAUCGUCGUCCACAGCUUCUUUGACAUCGGUAUCGGUGGCAGCCACAUCUUCGGCAUUUUUGGUGGCUAAUUCCACGUCAUCGGCGUCGACAACAACGCUGUUCAACAGCUUCUACACGACGACAGCACCUCUGCAACCACCCACGCAUCUAAGCGAAGAAUCUGGGAUUAGUAGCAGCAACAGCAGUAACGGUAAUAAUAACGGCGCCAGCAAUAUGUCACCCAUGCAAACCGCAAUAACCACCAACAAUAACAACAACAACAAUACAUUGACUCCUAAUCACAACAACACCAACAAGGGCGAUCAAUAUGUUCGCUGUUGCCAUCCCGGUGGUGAGUGUUUCAAAUCCGAUUCGCCCCUCAUCAAUUUGGACGACUUAUCCGAUUGUGUGAAAGUGAUUUGCAACAAUGAGAACUGUAAUGUGGGUCAGUAUAUGCAUCGGGAAUGUUUCGACAACUGGGAGCAAUCCGUCCUACAAUCCCUCAAGUCAAUGGGUGGUAGGGCGCGUUCAUGGUCAGAUCGGCAGAAGGCUCAAAAUCUAUGGACCAAGAAAGGUUACGAUUUGGUCUACAAGGUGUGCGGUUGUAAAUGCUCACGUGGUCAUUUGCGCAAGGAUUUGGAAUGGGUGCCGCCCAAGCCUGCUGGUCAACAAUAUGCCAUGAAUGGCCAAAGGAUAAUGAAUGGCAAUGCCACGACCAAUGGUGUUAGUGGCGGCUGUCAGGAAGAUGAGGAGAAGAAGAAAAAGAAAAACAAACGGAAUCGACAACAACAGCAGCAGCAACAACAACAAACUACUCAGUCGAAUAAAACUUUGGCACCUUUGCAGGUCAAUGGUCAGCAACAACAACAACAGCAACAAACACAACCACAACAAAUGUCAGCUGUAGUUUCUGCCAACACAAAUAAUGUGGUGGGAGAACACAAAACCGAUACCAACAAUGGUCAUCACAAUUCCUCCAAUUCCACAUCAUCUUCAUCCACUGGCAACAGUACACCCAAUGUAGGUGUCAUUGGCUCCGGUUUGCAUCAUCAGCAGCAACAAAAUCAAAUGCAAAACAACAACAACACCAAUUCUGGCCUAGCUGAGCUACCGGCCACCGUCAUGUCCUCCAUCAAUAAUCUCUUGAAUGGCUCCAAUAAUAUUUUGGGUUUGGAUUUACGCCCACGCACCAAUAGCAUCUCAUCGGCCAGUAAUAGCCACAGUGGCUCCUCUUCACCCUCGGCCAUAUCUUUUUGCAGUGGUGAGCUGACGUUGGUACCAACCACCACCUCUUCCGUCACUUCAUCCAAUGGUCUAUUGAAUUCUUCGAUUUCAUCUUCUUCAGCGUCUACCAAUCAAUUGGCCACAUUGCAGAGUUUGAAUCUAAAUGGAUUCUAUCCUCAGGCCACACUAAACAAUCAACAACAACAGCAAACCUCAUUAAUGCAGCAGCAGCAGCAACAGCAAUCGUCUCUAACGAAAAAUAUUCUUAAUGGAUUACAAUCGUCGGUUCUCCUGGGAAAUGGUGGUGUAGGCGCUACCGUUACCAACAAUUCUACUGCUGCCUCUGUAGUUGCCACCACAGCUUUAUUGAUUAAACAACAACAACAGCAGCAGCAACAAUGUCCUUCUGGCACUAUCUUGACCAAUGGUCUUAAACAUUUGACACCGUUUGAACAGCAACAACUUCUGUUGCAGCAAAAAGUCAAAGAAGUCGAGCUUUAUUCAGAGAGAGUUCGUUCUACAUCUGGUUGCAAUGGAAUCUUUUCACGUCGCUUGGAUUUUUCAUCUUUCAAUCUGUUGCCGAAAACCCGUUUGAAUUCCUAUCAAGUUAAGAUUGAAGACGAGGGUAAUCAUGGCAAUGAUGAAACCAGACUUUUCAUUCUCUCAUCAUUGGCUCAGUCACAGAAGAGCCGCGUCGCUUGCAUUUUGUGUGAAGAACCAAUGUUGGUGUUCGACCGUUAUCCUUUGGUCGAUGGCACAUUCUUUUUGAGUCCCAAACAACAUUCGACGGAUUGCAUUGAGGUGAAAUACGAAGGACGCUCUGUUUAUUUGACUUGCGUUUGCAUGCGCUGUUUGGAUGGUACUUCUACUCAUCGUAACAUUAGCUGCAGGUUUUGUGCUGAAAAAUGGGACGGUUCAAAUCUAGUCUUGGGUACCAUGUAUGCUUAUGAUAUAUUUGCUGCUAUGCCAUGUUGUGCAGAACGUCUCAAGUGCAAUAAUUGCUUCAAAUUGCUGUUACAUCCACAGCAACGUCUCAAUUUCUACAGUGACUAUUCGCACUGUGUCACAUGCCCCUAUUGUGCCACUCAGGAUACCCAUUUCGUUAAACCAUUGACCUACUGCUACACCAAAUGCUUGACGGGCCGCCUGUCUGCGAUCGCAUAACAUGAGGCCUCGUUGGAGUUGCCAACAAACACAGCCGCCGGACAAUCAGCAACGGCUGGGGUAACUUCAACGAGCCUCUCUCAACAAAAGACCACCGUCGCCAACAACAACAACAAAAAGGUGGUCUUGUAUAAUCCCAAUAUUGACUAUUCGGCUCCACUGCAACAGGAAAUCAAUGCCGAAUUGAUUGGGUCCCAUCCCCAUGCUCAACAAUAUCACAAAUCACAGCAGCCAGGAGGA